AUGACCAUUUCAGAGCCCGCGGGAAGUUUCAAUACCACGGCCUCCUCUUCCACUUUGACUUCUCGGUCGCUGAUAGGAAUUACUGGAGUUCCGGUCCCAAGCCUCAUACCAAAUGCUACGACCACAGCCUUUUCGUUGGCUCGUCCCCAAGCUCCUAAUAGCCAGCCCUGUAAUAACUAUGUCGAAUUCUGCAACCGAAGGCUCAGUAAUAUCUCACUAGUGGUCGCCCAUAAUAGCCCGUUCGUUGUACCUCACAAUGUGGCCAGCAACCAGGACCGGCGAGUUUCUUUGCAGUUGGAGGACGGGAUUCGCGGCCUUCAAUUCGAAACUCACAUGCCAAAUGGUACUCUCAGGCUAUGUCACACUUCGUGCGACCUUCUCGAUGCCGGCACUCUUGAAGACUAUCUCCACACUGUCGCUUCUUGGCUCGUCUCUCAUCCCUACGAAAUCAUUGCAAUAAUGAUGGGUAACGAUGGCAGAGUUGCGCCAACAAGUUACGUCGCGCCUUUCACGAAUGCCGGCCUUAUUUCGUAUCUCUAUACACCACUAUACCCAAACCUGACCCUCGACCAGUGGCCGACUCUCGAGGAAAUGAUACUUCAGAACAAACGCGUGGUUGUUAUGCUAGACUAUCUUGCAAAUCAAACAGAGGUCCCAUGGCUGCUCGAUCAAUUCGCGUAUCAAUGGCAGACGCCAUUUUCACCCGUUGAUUCGAGUUUCCCCUGCACGCAACAGCGGCCUCCUAAUGAGGCCGAGGAUAUUUCGCGCAACAAGAUGUACAUGAUCAACCAUAACCUGAACAUUCCGAUAGCACUAGAGGCUGGCGACGCUUCUAUCCUGAUUCCCGCGUAUACACUUCUCAACGAACUGAAUGCUGUUGAGGGCAACGGGAGCCUAGGGCAAAACGUCAAGAAAUGCACAGCUAUGUGGGGGAGGCCUCCUAAUUGGUUGCUUGUCGAUUACUACAACUUCGGGAACUUCAACGGUUCGGUUUUUGAGGUCGCCGCUGCAGCAAAUAAUGUUACGUACAAUCGUAAAUGCUGCGGCACGGAAACUACAAGUGGCGUGAAAUCUCGCGAGUUUACGUUAAACCAGACGUAUUUGCUUGCGAUUAUUGCGGCUGUUAGUGUUUACGCUAUGUCCUUGUCGCGAGUUUAA